CAGUGGCUCUGCACCUGCCUCACAAGCGCAAGGCCUUGAGUUUGAUCCCCGAGACCAAAAAUAAAAAAUAUAUUACCAUAAAAGGCACAUGGCCAUUCAUUGCCCUCAGAAUCCUCCUCUCGCGUCAGACACACUCACACCUCGUUCUCGCCAUUUCUGAAGCAGUUCUGGAAGUCUCUCUCUUGAGUGUCUUCAGCUCCACUAUCCUGGGUGUCCCGAUGCCCUAAACCAAUCUGAAAUGUUCACCUUUCCUGGUCAUUUUGCCUUUGGGGAAGAGGCAGAAGUCACCCAGAGCCCGAUCUGGUGAAUACGGUGGGUGAGGACGCACCACAGUAUUUUUAUGAGUCUGCUUUUCUGUUGGAUGGUGCUCAGCAGCAGCUUUCUUGGUGGGUUUUUUUAAUUACACCUCAUAAAGACACCCAAAGCAGGACUUCCAGAACCACUUCAGAAAGUGAAAGAUCGAAGGGAUGAGUGUGCUGAGGGGGUAUUCUGAAGAGGAUUCGUGCAACCUAUCUUUUACUGUAAUAUGUUUUCUGCAUUUAAACACAAGCCAUCGUUUUUGAUCAAUGCCCUUGUAACUCUGUAAGGCCAAGACCAUCUCAACUGAAAACUCUUCCUGUGUCUGCCUCCUAAGGACUCAAAUGUCCACUUGGAUCUGGGAUGGGAACUGUAGAGGAUCAGGAGGGAACACAGUCCUGGACUGUGGGAACCGUGGAGGAGGGUUUGGGAGAAGGAUCGAAAACCCCAUUUUCCACAGAGCAGGAUCAGGACCUCACCCUGAACACAGUGCUGUGCGUGACUUCGUGCCAUGUGUGAUGUGCAGCCCACAGGCCCAGCCUGCCACCCGUCAGAGCAGACAAGGGCGACAGCACUCCUGGUACAUCAGAGACGUGCGGAGAUGUGGAUUUGGACAGAGCUGGAUCCCCAAGACGAUGAGAAAGGAAAGAGUAGACAGAAGCAAUACUUGGAGCAGGACACUGACUUGGGAAUCGUGAGCCACCAGGAGCCUGACUUACAGGGCUGCAUAUUUGGAUCUUUGCAAUAAACAGAGAGGUAGAAAGAGAGAGAGAGAGAGAUGAUAUAGAUGAUAGUUAGCCUCUGAAGGGUGUGGAGACUUCUACACUCACGUAACCCCAAGCCCAGCCCUGGGGGAGGGAGAGGCAGGGGGCAGAGGACGGUCCUGCAGCUGCAGCAGCUGGCUACUUCUCCCAAGGCCAUGCUCUUCAAACCGGAAGUGUGUGUCCCUGAGGGGAAGUGAUGAUUCUUCCAAGGGUUCAGAGGCAAAACCAUUUUAAGGGAACCAAUUUCUAGGACCUCAGCGCGUCUAUCUACCCUUCCCUGGAGGUCACAUCUGUGAUGGGAAUGCUGCCCCCUUUCUCACCACCACCCCCCCCACUUUUGGAAAGAAGCCGAGCUUCUCACCUGUCCUCGGCCUUACUGGAAGGCCUUGCGCUGGCAGUACAGUCUCCCAGGACGCCACACUGAGAUACAAUUGGAGAAGUUGGUGUGGAGAAGGUAGAUAGAUGACUUUAAUAACUGCCUAUAAAAACCUUUGAAGUCUGAUGGAAAUCUUUCAACAAAAGAUUUUCAAAUUCGUAGAUGUUAAGGUAUUAAAAAUAUUUUUGAUGACAUCUUGGUAUGUGAUUCUUGGCAUAACCAAGGAGUUCAAUGAAGUGAAUGGCAUUGCCAUGAUGAAACUCCUUACGUCCCCAGCUGUGCAUUUAUCUCAACAAGGUUUCUCAGGACUUACUGUUUCAAGCAUAUUUGCUGGGAGUGGAUCUUUCUGGGUUGGACAGAGCCACCCAAAACUGUCCCUGCAAUCCGGCAGAGUCUUUUCUUCCACACAGUCACACGGACGCCUCUUCCCAGCCACACAGGCACAAAGAUCCACACCCACAGGAAGCUCAGGAGAGAUUCGCCCCCUGCCAGACAGCUGGGGCCAAGUGUGGCCUCGGAGAUCCUUCAUACCAAACUUUGGCUGAGCUGACCAGGAAUCGAGGCCCAGAGAGAGGAGAACUGUCUGGGGGAACAGAGCUGGAACUAGGAAGCGGCUUCAUCCCCUCAGCCCAGUGCCUUCCUUCCCCUCCCCUUACCUGUUACACAGGUGAGCAAAAGGUGAGGCUGCUCUGCCUGUGGUGUGCAUGCUAACGCCACAGGUCCUCCACAGAAACCCGCUUGACACGAACUGGCAGUGGAUGAGGUUCUCAUAGGACUGAUUUUCAGGAAGUAGUCUAGACCCCCCGAGAGGAAGCACAGGGAACAGAAAAGAAUGGAAAGUAUGGGAGGAAGGACAGACCCCCGGCCAUCUCUGGUCCUUGUAGUUAAUGACUUGAAGGACAAACACUGCAGCGCCGUGGCCAAGCUCACUGUGUCCUGGCGACACUCAGCCAGCUUGGUACACCUGCUGCCACAUGGCUGGGGUCUGGAGGAGGGAGUUCCCAGGGUACUGAAACACGAGAGGAGGGAACCCUGAUGCGCACUGCACGACGGCCACCCUCCAGCACGGGGAUGGAUGGAGGAAGCUGUGCGUGGAUGGCCGUGUGUUCCGGGAACUCGUUUACAUGAAAGGUUCAGAAUUGGCAAAUCUAUAAAGAUAGAAAAUAAGUUAAUGGGUCAGAGGCUGGGAGUAGCAGAGAAGGGGAACUGACCACUAAUGAGCGGAGUUUGCUUUUUUGAGUAUUGAAAAUGUUCUGGAAUGAAAUAGUGAGGGCGAAUGCACAACCUUGUGAAUAUACUGACCACCGCUGAACUGUAUACUUUAUUAAAAGUGAGUUUUGUGGUGUCUAUGUUAUAGCUUAAUUCUUAAAGAAAAUGGCAGAAUGAAGUAAGUAGCAAAUAGUGCUGUAAGCCGGGCUUGGUGAGGCAGCACUUGGGAGGCUGAGGCAGGAGGGUCACUGCAAGUUUGAGACCAACAGGGACUACAUAGUGAGUUCAAGGCCAGCCUGCACUACAAAGUGAGACCCUGUCUCAAGAAAACAAACAAACAAACAUACAGAGGCACAAGAGAUCUGAGGCGAUGCCUCAUAUUUAUCAAUCACCUGCUAUGUUCCAGACAUUCAAAUAUUUCACACUCUUUUCCUCACCUGCAGCACCGAGCACUGAGAGUAGGCACAGUCUCUUCCUCACAGAAGAGGACUCUAAGGCGCCAGAUGGAGCUGGGCCAGGGGACACCACUGCUUGGUGUCUGGUGACUGUGAAGCCUCAGGUCUCCCUGCGGCCACCGCCCAUGUGCUUUCCUCCAUGGCAUGACGUCACCUCUAGCUCUGGCUGAAGGGACCUCAUGUAUGCUGCCGGUCACCCUCAGUUUACCUGCCCAGCGGCGCCACACUCAGGAAGUAGGUCUGGUGAUGACCAUCUGUCCCCUCUGCAGAUGACGCCUGGAGAGCUGGCCCUGGCCAGCGGCAACCACACCCCCGUCACCAGGUUCAUCCUGCUGGGCUUCUCCAACCACCCGGACCUCCGGGAGCUGCUCUUCGGGGCCUUCCUGCUCAUCUACGCAGUGACGGUGCUGGGGAACCUGGGCAUGAUGGUGCUCAUCUUCACCGACGCCCGGCUCCACAGCCCCAUGUACUUCUUCCUCAGUGUCCUCUCCUUCCUUGACAUCUGCUACUCCUCCGUGGUCACACCCAAGCUCCUGCUCAACUUCCUGGCCUCGGACAAGUCCAUCUCUUUCCAGGGAUGCGUGGUCCAGCUGGCCUUCUUUGUGAUGCAUGUGACAGCCGAGAGCUUCCUGCUGGCCUCCAUGGCCUAUGACCGCUUCCUGGCCAUCUGCCGACCCCUCCAUUAUGUUCCUGUCAUGAGCAGGAGGACCUGUCUGCAGCUAGUGGCUGCUUCCUACGUAUUUGGUGGCGCCAACUCUGCUAUCCAGACUGGGAAUGUCUUUGUGCUGCCCUUUUGUGGGCCCAACCAGGUCACCCACUACUUCUGUGACAUCCCGCCCCUCCUGCGCCUGGCUUGUGCCAACACAGACAUGGCGGAAGUGGUCCUCUACAUCUUCUCCGCCCUGGUCACUCUCCUGCCUGCUGCGGUCAUCCUCUCCUCCUACAGCUCAGUCCUGGCAGCCGUCGGGAGCAUGCGCUCUGCAGCAGGGCGGGAGAAGGCCCUCUCCACGUGCGCCUCGCACUUCCUGGCCAUCGCCAUCUUCUACGGCACCGUGGUUUUCACCUACGUCCAGCCCCACGGCCCCACUAGGGAGGCCAAUGGCCAAGUGGUGUCCGUGUUCUACACCAUAAUAAUUCCAAUGCUCAACCCUUUCAUCUACAGCUUCCGCAACAAGGAGGUGCAGGGCGCCCUGCAGAGGCGGCUCCAGGUCAGAGUAUUUCACUCCUGAGCCCUGAAAUCAUGUGUUGGGAGGAGGAAGAGCAUCUUCCAGAUCACAUUAUGAGUUUUUGUAACCAAGACCAGCCUUACUUUUGAAGGGAAAACAGUAAAUAUCAGACUUCGUACAGAGAACUGCAGUUUAGAAAGCAUCUUAUUAUCCAUUGUCACAUCCAACCCUCAGCGCCAUAGCGUUAGUUGCCUGGUUGGAAUGAUCUCAUGUUACAAACAACAGAUACAAGACAGUCAAAAAAAAAAAAAAGAAUUACCUAAAUUCAUUGAGAGAGUGUAUUCAACAUCAGAGACUCCAUACCAAAACAGAGAUAUUUCACCUACACUGCAGCCACAGAGCAAGUCUUUAUUGACAUCUCACCCUAACAAUCAAGAAAUAUCAGACAAGAGGCAACACAACUGUUGCUAUUUUGCCACUGAUUUGGUGAAAUGGGAGUGGACACCAAACGGCUCGGGAGAAACAUACCCUUAUACGUCAUAUUGCAGCUGAAUUUUGUGGCGCUGUCUCAUUAAAACUUCAGGAUCAAGAGAGACCUUCCCUUGGACAUCUGUUUUCAAGAAAGAUGUAUAUAUGUGGCUCAUAAUUUUCAAGGGCUGGGUGUUGUGAGUCUGUGUGUGUGUGCCAGAGAGAGAGGUGGAGGAGAUAUGGUUGGGCAGUUACAGCAUUAUAUAAGAUACUGUGCUUUUGGAAAUGAUUCAAAACCUUUUUUAUAUAUUUGGCUUUAGUAUCUUUAAAUAUAUAUGUAAUGUGGUAAAAGCAUGUAUCAUAGAGAGUUGCAAAUGGAGAAGCUGAACUCAAAGACCUAACUAGGCUUGAACACUGGAUUGGAAAGCAUGCUCUGAAAUGGAUAUGAAGUCUUACUGAAUUGAGUCAGCUAUAGCCUGAGGCUUGGGGAUUACUGUAUUACUGUAUUUUUUUCAGAUCUACUUUAAGGAAAUUAUUGUAGAUUCAGAAACUCUUAUUAAACCAACAAGUCUAUCAAAGCAUCCUGCCCCAAAACAAAAGCUUGGAAAUAAUCUAAAUGUUCCAGAGAGGAAAAGGAUUAAAUGAUUUAUCCUCCCGAGUUUGAUCCCUGGUACCAAAAAAAAAAAAAAAAUGAUUUAUCCUCUAAAUAGAUUUUGAUGCAACCAUUAGUAAUUAUGUUUAAGAAGAUUAGGUAAAAACAAGAAAAACAGCAGGCCAGGAUACCCAGAAUGUAAAACAAUGUAAUAAAAAUGAGCAGCAGAAAAACACACA